CGGGAUCAGUUGUUUUCUUUCAGCAAAAAAUGAAACUCAAUUUUGCACACGUUUGAACCUCACCAUCUACAAAAGCCCUGACGGUGUUAAACUGAUUCCUGAAGCUGAUGUCUGGAUGGAGGGAAAUGAGACGAAGCUCCAGUGUGAGAUUACAAAUGUGGGUCCUGGACAUAAGCUCAGUGUUCUCUGGAUCAGAGACCCUGGUCAUCAGAACGUCACUGAACUGAACCACGAGAGCAAAAAAAACGUUACUGAGAGAAAUCAUCUGACGGUGAUUCCACAUCGUAAAGAUAACGGAGCGCAGUACAGCUGUGCAGCUGUACUGAACCUCCAACAACGUCAAGUUUAUCAAUCACAACCCAUUAACAUCACCGUACACUAUAAACCGGUGAUUGUUGAACCUGUUGGUGGUAAUUUGUCAGUAACUGAGGGUGAAAUGUUGGUGUUGCGCUGCCUGGCAGAUUCAAACCCACCUUCAGGAUAUAGUUGGAGUUUAUCAGAUAAUGAUUACAUCAAAAAUUCAUCUAUCACCAUCAGCAGAGCUCGUCUACAGGACCAGGGUUCCUACACCUGCACCGCCUCCAACGAUCUGGGUUCUACAUCCGUCACCGUGGACAUUAUUGUAACAGAGAAGCACGUACCCGUCGUCCUGAUCUGCGCCGCUGUUGCCGUGGUGAUACUGUUAGCCGUGCUAAUCUGUGUGUUUUGGAUACAUUACAGACAAACUCGCAUAGGAACCUACUUAUUGACAACACUACGGUACCACCAACACCCCACCCGCCAGGACCCCAGCGCUCCGGGGAGUUAGAGCUAAAGUGUUGGUGCUAUAACAAUCCAGUAAUAGCUACCACUGGUGGCUAGUGCUAAUGCUAGCUGUCUGUAGUUAAAGCUGUGGUCUGUGUGUAGCUUCUGCUAAUGCUAACAUAAUUUUGAUGACUAAUUUCAACUUAUAAUUUCUUCACCUAAUGUUAAUAAAUAUCUGAUAGAAAAUCA